AUGACUACACGAACAUCCACGCGCAAUGCUGCCCAAAAGGCCAAGGAAGCUAUUUCAACUUCCGCCGAGCCGACUGGCAAGACUCCCAAAGGCACAAAGCGGAAAGGCUCAACUAAAGAAGCUCCAAAGCCCAAAAAGGAGAAAACGGAGGACGUAAAGCCGGAUGAAGAGAAAGCGGAGCGGGUGACAGGUACAUCGGAAGACGGACCAAUGCCGACGACAGAGGAAGCACCUGUCAAGAGAGAGGAACCUGUCAAGACAGAAGAACCAUCCGAAGUACAACCACCACAGGAACAACCCGUCGAACCCCCCCAGGAGAAACCUCAAGGAAUCGAGGGAGGUCUCCGUAAGUCUGAGGAGAGAGAAAAUGUGGUAUCCUCCAACAUCCUCGAAAAAGGCUUCAUCUACUUCUUCUUCCGCCCACGCGUCAAUAUAGAGGACCCUCAGAGUAUGGGCGAUGUCGCCCGAAGCUUCUUUGUCCUCCGUCCAACCGUCCUGGGGGCGGAAUUCGACCAAGGCCAAGGCCCCGUCGACAAAGACGCCUCAUGUCGCUUGAUGAUUCUCCCAAAAAAGAAGUAUCCUACCUCGGCCAAAGAACGAGAUAUGGGAUUUGUGGAGAAGGCUGGACAAUCCAUGCAAGCUCUCCAUGAAAAUUUCAUCACCGGUAAAACAUACCAGACUUCCACCCGCGGUGAACGUCACAUCGAGGAAGCCAGACCCUACGCGGAAGGUGUCUAUGCGAUCACCUCCACACAGCGGGCAUCCCAUCUCGCCUAUAUCCUGACCGUCCCUGCCGAAUUAGGUGAUGUUCAAGAGGACUUCGGGCUGCAACCACGCGGGAGUUGGAUUGUUCAGUCGAAGAGUCCCAAGUACGCCGGUCCACCAGUGGGUCAAUUACCAAAAGAUCCAGAAUACCCUCAAUCGGUCCUUGACAAAUUCGAAGAUCUUCGAUGGGUGCCUCUGCAACCCGAGUUCCUGGACUAUCCUAAUGCUCAAUUCCUCAUGAUUGGCGAGGCGCAGAAUGACCUUGGCAAGGCUGCAUUUGCUAUGGGUGGUAAACAGCGCCAUGAGGAAGAACCUGGUCAGGAACUGGAGAAACUGUCAGACGAAGACCAACACCGGGUUGAUUCUCUAAAAGGAGAUGAAACUGUUUAUGAAGACUUGGGCUACCAUGCGAAGAAUUAUCCCAAAGUACUCACAACUUGGAACACUUAG